AUGGCCUUUGCCGGCCAAGCACCCACGAUCGUCGUGUUGAAGGAGGGGACGGACACAUCCCAGGGAAAGGGUCAGAUUGUUUCGAACAUUAACGCCUGCGUUGCGGUGCAAUCCACGAUCAAGAGCACGCUCGGUCCGUAUGGAGGUGAUCUGUUGCUUGUUGACAACAACGGCAAACAGACGAUUACAAACGAUGGAGCCACUGUGAUGAAACUCCUCGAUAUUGUCCACCCCGCCGCCCGCAUUCUCACCGACAUCGCACGAUCCCAGGACGCCGAAGUGGGAGAUGGAACAACCUCGGUCGUCGUUCUUGCUGGUGAGAUCCUUAAGGAGGUUCGGGAGUUGGUGGAGCAGGGUGUCAGCCCACAGACUAUCGUCAAGGGUCUGCGGAGGGGGAGCGCCAUGGCCGUCAACAAGGUGAAGGAGAUUGCUGUGGAUAUGAUCGAUGCCGCUGGUAGUGAGGAAAAGAAGGUCGAGACUCUCCGGAGGUUGGCUGCGACUGCUAUGAACAGCAAACUGAUCAAGCGGAAUACGGACUUUUUUACCAAGAUGGUUGUCGAUUCGGUCCUGACGCUGGACCAGAACGACCUCAACGAGAAGUUGAUUGGUGUGAAGAAAGUUACUGGAGGUGGUCUUCAGGAUUCGCUUUUCGUCAACGGUGUUGCCUUCAAGAAGACUUUCUCGUACGCCGGUUUUGAGCAGCAGCCGAAGUCGUUUAAGGACCCCAAGAUUGUUUGCUUGAACGUCGAACUCGAAUUGAAGAGCGAAAAGGACAACGCCGAGGUCCGGGUUGAGCAGGUGUCUGAAUACCAAGCCAUUGUCGAUGCCGAGUGGCAGAUCAUCUACAACAAGCUCGAGGCUAUUUACAAGACGGGUGCUAAGGUUGUUCUUAGCAAGCUGCCUAUUGGUGACCUUGCUACACAGUACUUCGCUGAUCGUGACAUUUUCUGCGCUGGUCGCGUUUCUUCCGACGAUAUGGACCGAGUCUGCCUGGCGACUGGUGCCGCAACGCAGUCGACAUGCAGCGACAUCCAGGAACGUCACUUGGGCUCCUGCGGUUCGUUCGAGGAGAGCCAGAUCGGUAGUGAACGUUUCAACUUCUUCUCGGAAUGCCCAGGUGCUAAGACAUGCACCCUGGUCCUGCGUGGUGGUGCGGAACAAUUCAUUGCUGAAGUCGAGCGGAGUUUGCACGAUGCUAUCAUGAUUGUCAAGCGCGCUCUGCGCAACACAACCAUCGUGGCUGGUGGUGGUGCCACCGAGAUGGAGCUCUCAGGCUAUAUGCACGGCUUCGCAGACCGCAACGUCCCCCACAAGCAGCAGGCCGUCGUCAAGGCCUUCGCCAAGGCUUUGGAAGUUAUUCCCCGUCAACUGUGUGACAAUGCUGGUUUCGACGCUACCGACAUUCUAAACCGCCUCCGUGUGGAGCACCGCAAGGGCAAUGUCUGGGCGGGUGUUGACUUUGACCACGAGGGCGUCCGGGACAACAUGGCCGCGUUUGUGUGGGAGCCUAGUCUGGUCAAGGUGAACGCCAUUCAAGCAGCAGUGGAAGCUGCUUGCUUGAUUCUGAGCGUGGAUGAGACAAUAAAGAACGAAGAGUCCGCCGCGCCACAGGCACCUGGUCGCGGUCUUCCCCCGGGUGCUGCCCAGCGCGCUCUCGGUGGUGGACGGGGUCGGGGAAUGCCUCGGAGACGGUAA